UUGAACGUGUCCUUCUCAAAUUUUGUUAUGGAAAAUGGAUAAUAAUUGUGAUUUAAUAAAAACAAUUGAAGAUGAUGAAGAAGUGCCAAAUUUCUCUGAAAAUUCUGACGUAGAAGAAGAUUUUCAACCCAGGAAACAAAAGAAAAAGGAAAAUAAAGAUUUUGAUAGCAAUUUUAAAUUUGUAAACGAUGUUUCUGAAUACAAUAAAGACACAUGGAAUGACUUGAGCAAGUAUAUAAAACGGAAAGCGAAAACAAAACUUGAUGACAAAAUUAAUAAGAUAAAAAUAGGAUCUACAAAUGAAGUAUGCCUCUAUAUAAUUACUUACAAAAAUUUAUUAAGACACUUAGUACUAUUUAGUUCAUAAAUGAUAAUCAGUACACUGAUGAAGUCAUAUAGAUUAACAAAAGAAAAGAAAAGUAAAAAGAAAAAAAUUGCUAAAGAAAUUGAAGAAGAAACAAUUGAUUUUGAGGAGCAUUCAAACAUAGAACCUCAUGCAACAUUUUAUCAAAUGAAUUUAUCACGUCCUUUAUUAAAGGCUAUAACAGCUAUGAACUUUGUGCAUCCAACACCUAUUCAAACUGCUACCAUUCCUGUUGCAUUAAUGGGUCGUGAUAUAUGUGGUUGUGCUGCUACAGGUACUGGUAAAACUGCAGCAUAUAUGUUACCAACUCUAGAAAGAUUAUUAUAUAGACCAUUAAGUGGUCCUGCUAUUUCUCGUGUUCUUAUACUUGUACCAACAAGAGAACUUGGUGUGCAAGUAUAUCAAGUUGCAAAACAGCUAUCUCAAUUUACAACAAUUGAAGUAGGAUUAUCUGUUGGUGGUUUAGAUGUGAAAAUUCAAGAAGCUGUAUUAAGAAAAAGCCCAGACAUUGUAAUAGCUACACCUGGAAGAUUAAUUGAUCAUUUAAAAAACACACCAUCAUUCUCACUAGAUAGUAUUGAAGUACUUAUUUUAGAUGAAGCAGACAGGAUGUUAGAUGAAUACUUUGCAGAGCAAAUGAAAUAUAUAGUACAACAAUGCUCAAGAAGCAGACAAACAAUUUUAUUUUCAGCUACUAUGACUGAGGAAGUAAAAGAUUUGGCUGCUGUCUCGUUAGAUAAGCCCAUUAAAGUAUUUGUAGAUAGCAAUCAAGAUGUUGCCUUUAAUUUACGCCAAGAAUUUAUCCGGAUACGAAAAGAAAGGGAAGGGGAUCGGGAAGCAAUAUUGGCUGCUUUAAUUUGUAGGACGUUUCACGAUCAUGCAAUGGUGUUUGUACAAACAAAAAGACAAGCUCAUAGACUUCAUAUUUUAUUAGGAUUAUUAAAUAUCAAAGUAUUUAAAAUAAUUUACUUUUAUACAUUAAGAAAAUUUAAAAACGAAGAAAUAGAUAUUUUAUUAGCAACAGAUGUUGCUGCAAGAGGUUUAGAUAUUAGCGGCGUAAAAACUGUAAUUAAUUUUGUAAUGCCAGCCACUAUGCAACAUUACAUUCAUAGAGUUGGAAGAACAGCUAGGGCUGGUCGUGUUGGAGUGUCAGUAUCUUUAGCUGGAGAACAGGAGCGUUCGCUAGUUAAGGAAAUUAUUAAAAAUGCAAAAAAUCCAGUAAAAAAUCGAAUAAUACUACCUGAUAUAAUUGAAAAAUAUAAUAAAAAAUUACAACUUCUUGAACCUGAUGUGGAACAAAUUUUGAAAGAGGAAAAACAAGAAAGAGAAUUAGCCAAAAUAGAAAAUCAAACAAAUCGGGUAGAGAAUUUAUUGAAGAAUGAAAAUAAUAAAGACAUUCAAAGAACAUGGUUCCAGACUCAUAAAGAAAGGAAAGAAGAGAAAGAGAAAUUAUCAUUGAAUGAAAAACCAAAAACGAAUAAGGAGAAGAAAAAACAGAACAAAGAACAUCCAAAUAUAGUUGAAGAAAAGAAAAAUAAAUUUAAACAAGUUAAAAAAGAAACAGCAGAAGAUAGGGCCAACAGAGAAUUAGAAAAAAUUGGGGCAUAUCAAGCGAGACUAGCGAAAAAGAAGAAUAAACAACAGAAAAUUCGAACAAUAGCAGAAAACAAUCAAUCUAUAACUAACGGAAGAGCAUCGCUAAAACGGUCAAAAUCUUCAUUUGCUGCCGAUUUAACAGAUACAAGUAAAAAAUCAGUGAAAAGAAUGCGUUACGAAGCAAAUGUUAAAAAAAAUCAAAGUAAGAGAAAAGGGACAAGCAGUUUUAGCACAGGAAAGAAAGAUAAUAGGAAAGCUUUUAAAAAACGUUAAACCAAACUUUUAUAUCUGUAAUUAAAUCUUAUU